AUGCCGGAGGGGGGGUGGUGGACGUGGCCGGUGGAGACGAUGACGGGAGGCCGAUGUCAGCAGCGGCGGAAUAUGACGGUGGCGAUGGGUUGCGGGGUCCAAGAGAAACCAUGCCCAAUAUCUAGGGUUUCUUCUAAGUCCCCAACCAAAACGCCCUCGAAUCUCGAGAAAAUUACUCCAAUUACCAUUGAUUUCUAUAUACAGGCCAAAAAAGCUCUAUCCAAGCGUUCGCCCUUCGAUUCCGAGGAUGUCCAGGUUUCCACUGUCCUCAGUCUUCCCAGUGGGUUGGCCAGCUGGUUGUCGAAGUAUUCCGAUGGUCGGAAACUGCAGAAGAAGUCGCAUUCGGGAUCGGAAAAGAAGGGGUCGACGCCCAAUGGGUCUGAGAAAGUCCGUGGAUCAAACAUUUGGGUUGAGACCGAAGAGUAUUUCAGAGAAUUAACUGUGGAUGAUAUUGAAAAAUUGUGUGAGGUAUCAAAAAUCGGGUUUUCGGGUACUGAGAAGUGUUUUCGAAUUCCGUCACGGGGAAAUGAAAGCAGUGUUCGAGAUUACACGUGCAAUGGUCACAUUGCAGACAACCCCAGUGGUGUUAGUGGAAAUGGGGUUGAAUUGGAUUCCAGGGUCGGUGUGAAAGGAGAGGCUGAAGAGGAAAGUGAGCAGUUUAUGGAAGUUGAUACUGUAGGAGCUAAUGAAUUGGUUCAACAAGAUAAGGGUAGUUCUUUGCCUCAAUCAUCGGUGCCUUGUAGUGGUUUCGAAUGGUUAUUAGGUUCUAGGAGUAAGAUUUAUCUCGCCUCAGAGCGGCCUAAUAAGAGACGGAAGCUUUUAGGUGGGCAUGCAGGGUUAGAUAAACUACUGGUUGCUUGUCCAGUUACAGGGUCAUCUUCUUUAUGCCAUUAUUGUAGUUUGGGUGACAUGGGCGACCAGUUAAACCGGAUUAUUGUUUGUAAUUCUUGUGGUGUGGCAGUUCAUUGGAGAUGUUAUGGUGUGCAUGAUGAUGUGGAUGGUUCUUGGUUAUGUUGUUGGUGUAAGCGGAGGAAAGAGGUUCUAGCUAGUGAUAGGCCUUGUUUACUUUGCCCUAACCAGGGUGGUGCUUUGAAACCUGUUCGGAAGAGGGGUUUUGGAAGUGAAAAUGGCGGGUCAGUGGAGUUUGCUCACUUGUUUUGUUGUCAGUGGAUGCCUGAGGUCUAUGUAGAGGAUACUAGGACAAUGGAGCCGAUUGUAAAUCUUGAAGGAAUGAAAGAAACUCGGAAAAAAUUAAUUUGUUAUUUAUGCAAGGUGAAGUGGGGUGCCUGUGUUCGGUGCUGUGACGUUCCAGAGCAUCCAGCUAAUUUAGUUGAAAGCUUAGGAAUUGGUACAUAUGCAAGCAACCACCCUGCCGAUUAUGCGCAAUUCCCUGGAUUUACUAUAGUGGGUACCACUAGGGUGGUUUUACUUUUCCAUUUUCCGGGUUGCAAUGUUCAUGGAUCGGUGAAUUUCAAUAUCAAAGUGGCCAUUCCUUUCAGUGUACUGGAGCUUGCAGAACUUCUUUCCAUCCUCUAUGUGCUAGGGAAGCAAGACAUAGAAUGGAGAUAUGGGGCAAAUUUGGAUAUGGUUGAGCUAGGCGCGUUUUGCUCAAAGCACUCGGAUGCCCAGAAUAAUUGCAGCACCCAACAAGUAGGGGAACUGUCUGCAGCAAAUGGUUUUGAUUCCUGCAUGUCUGAACAGCGGCUAACAGUAUCAACUGUGAACAAACCACCUAAGUUAAGGAUUGGCCGAAGACGUGGAGAUACAAAUGCUGUCCACGGUGAAACAACAGAAAAUGACUUGGAUAAGUUGGGCAGGAGCAUAUUACCUGAGGAUGGGUUGUCAGAUACCAGUUCAAAUUCCAAACUUGGGCGAGAAUAUAGUGAUGCUCAGGAACCUGGUAGCAUGGAUAUGUUAGUUAGGGACAGAAGUGAAGACGUUAACAUAUCUGAGACUCUAAACUUCAUGUUGAUUCUGAAGAAGGUGCAGUGA